AUGGACGCCUCCUCCCUCCGCAUCUCCAAGUUCGAUGGAACUAACUUCCACGCCUGGAAGUUCAAGAUGCAGAUGGUGCUGGAGGAACGGGACCUAUGGGAGGUCGUCAGCGGUGAGAUCAAGGCGGAACAGUGCGAGACUCAGUUGGACCAAGCGACGUACAAGAGGAAGUCAAGAAAGGCGAUGGCAGUGAUCUGUCUAGCCAUGGAAGAUUCCCAGCUACCGUUGGUCCGGUCGGCAAGUGGUGCAUGCGACGCAUGGUCAAGGUUGGAAGACCACUUCGAGAAGAAGAGUCUUGCCAACAAGCUGUUCUUGCGCCGUCGCUUCUUCACGACAAUGAUGGAAGAAGGCGACGAUGUACUCGAACACAUCAACAAGCUCAAGACGCUGGCGGAACAGCUAGAAGCGGUGGGGGGCUCCACUUUGGAGUCGCGCUCAGACACUCUUAGCUGGGAGCUCGUGACGUCUCGACUGCUUCAUGAAGAAAUGAAGCGGAGGGAGCAAGGAAGUAAAGGUGAUGAAGCUUCGCAAGGUCAAGCGUUCAUCACAAGGGACAAUCAGCGCAAAGGGCGACCAGUGAAGAAGUCCUGGCCGUGCCACAAUUGCGGAAAGAUUGGUCACUGGAUGGCGGAGUGCCCCUCGCGCAUCCAAGAAAACACGGAGAGACACCGGCCACAGCGUGCUCAAGACAGCGGCGACCGCUAUCGAUCACAACGUGCAAACGUCGCUCAAGAAGAAGACUCGGGCGACUACCUCUUUUCGAUCGGUGAAACGACAUCUGCGAAAUCGAGCGACAUCUGGCUGGUCGACUCCGGGGCGACGCAGCACAUGACGUGCUCCAAGAAGUUCAUGCGGAACUACAAGGGGUUUGACGCUGUGGAUGUCCAUCUCGCGGAUGAUGGAAUCGUCCAAGCAAUCGGCAGUGGGGACAUUGUCAUGUCGAUGAAGACACCCCAAGGGAUGAAGAAAGGUGUGCUCACAAACGUGUGGCACAUCCCAAAGUUAUCCAGAAACCUGUUCUCGGUCGGCCGCUUCACCAAGGAUGUCGGCCCAGUGACGUUCACGAAGGAUGGGUGCUAUGGAGAAGCGAAAGGGACCAAGUGGAAAAUUGGUGCCCGUGAAGGUAAAGGACUGUUCAAGCUGCAAAUGACUCCAGUGGCGCCGGAACAAGCAAAUGCAGCCAAGUCGUCGGGAUGUCAAGGGGGCACCAAGUCGUACCUCUGGCACCUUCGGCUUGGCCACAUAGGUCACGAUGGACUCAAUUGCAUCGUGACGAAGAACAUUGGAAUUGGCAUCGACAUAUCUUCGGUGAAGAAGUGGGACGUGUGUGAAGGUUGUGCUCUGGGAAAACAGACUCGAGUGCGCUUCCAAUCAAACACUACAGCUCGCACCUCCAAACUCCUCGAAGUGAUUCACAGCGACGUAUGCGGACCGAUGUCGAUGGCAACUUUCAGUGGAAAACGGUACUUCGUGACAUUCAUUGAUGACAAGUCAAGAUACUGUGUCGUCUAUCUGCUCAAGAGCAAAUCUGAAGUUGCGGCGAAGUUCAUGGAAUACGCUGCGAUGGCCGAAACGCAAACCGGAAAGCGCGUGAAGUACCUUCAAAGCGACAAUGGGGGUGAAUACAAGUCCGACAAGCUGGCACGAUUCUGCGCGGAACAGGGGAAUACAACAAAGGUUCACAACCCCAUAUACUCCUCAGCUAAACGGAGUAGCUGA